GGGGAAAAAGUCUUUACGUAAGAAGACAGUAGAUGUUCAGGAAAAAAACACAGGUUGAGACAAUUCAAUAAUUAUGGCAAGGGACAAGAAGAAAGAUGGCAAGAAAUCAGAAAAAUCUGUAUGUCCUCCUGCUCCUGCACAAGAUACUGCAGUUGAGAGCCGCUCAACUAAGCCAACAAGUGUGCUGACUUCGGACAGAGAGAAAAAACAGCAAGCAAAUCCUCUGGUACCGAAGAAAAAGCCAAGAGUGGUAGAAAAGCCUCCAGUUCAGUAUUUUCCUCCAUACCCUAAGGAGCCUCUUCUUGCUCAAAGUAUUGUAGAAAGGUAUGAAGGUAAAAAAGUCCAUGGACUGUAUGAGGGUGAAGGUAUCGCAUAUUUUGAGGGGGGGAAUAUAUACAAGGGCAUAUUUUCUGAGGGACUUAUGCAUGGACAAGGGACUUACACGUGGGCUGAUGGAGUGAAGUACAAGGGGACUUUUGUUAAGAAUGUACAAAUGUAUAAUGGCUGUUAUAGAUGGAAUGAUGGCAGCGUAUAUAAAGGAUCAAUCAGCAAUGGAGUUAGGCAUGGAUAUGGAUUGUUCAGGAGUGGUAUGCAUCCAGUUUCUUACACUGGCUACUGGUGUAAUGGCAAAAGACAUGGAAAGGGUACCAUUUACUAUAAUCGGGGACGUACCUCUUGGUAUUCAGGUGACUGGGUAAAUAACAACAAAGAAGGAUGGGGAGUUAGACGCUAUAAGUCUGGAAAUAUCUAUGAAGGUCAGUGGAAGAAAAAUGUACGUCAUGGAAAAGGAAGAAUGAGGUGGUUGACAGCUAAUCAAGAGUAUGCAGGACAGUGGGAAUAUGGCAUACAGCAUGGGUUUGGCACCCACAUAUGGUUUCUGCAGAGGAUGCCUUUGUCUCAGUAUCCUUUAAGGAAUAAAUACAUAGGUGAUUUUGUAAAUGGGAAUCGUCAUGGACAUGGGAGGUUCAUAUAUGCCAGUGGAGCAAUGUAUGAUGGAGAAUGGGUUUGCAAUAAGAAGCAUGGCAGGGGGAAGUUUGUCUUCAAGAAUGGGCAUGUUUAUGAAGGAGAGUUUGUAGAUGAUCAUAUAGCAGAAUAUCCUGCUUUUCAAGUGAAUGCUUCGAAUGUACAAGAUAUGAAUUCGAUUUGCACACAAAGUCUUUUGGGCACUGAAACCAUCAGAAUGGUUCUUGGCUUAAGAAAUACUUCUCUUCUGGGACCAAAUAUUGAAUUAGAUAUAUCUUCACUGCUUGAGUUCUUCCCAAAGGAAGAGAGACAAGAAGAAGUGAAGCAAGUAGAAUUUGCUGUGUUGAGACAUAUGACAGAACUGAGAAGAAUUUACAGCUUCUACAGCAGCUUAGGCUGUGAUCAUUCCCUUGACAAUACCUUCCUCAUGACUAAGCUCCAAUUUUGGAGAUUUCUGAAGGACUGCCAGUUUCAUCAUUGCAACUUAACUCUUGCUGAAGUGGACCGGAUAUUGAGUGGUGAUAAAAUACCACUAGAAGAGAUACAUUCUCCAUAUGAAACCUUACUGUUCAGAAGAUUUUUAUCUUGCCUUAUUCAUUUAGCAUUUCAUAUUUAUCAUGAGGAGCACAAAGAAGAGGGUCCUUAUCUGCAUAAGUGUUUCUUAGAAAUGAUGUCCAAGAAUGUUGUUCCUACUGCCUGUCAUAUGCAGGGUAUUUUAUUUUCUGAACGUGCUGUUUGUGCCAUGAGCUACAUUGACAAAUGCUGGGAAAUAUACAGAGCUUUUUGUAGACCAAGUACUAAGCCUCCGUUUGAACCCACAAUGAAAAUGAGAUAUUUCCUUUGGAUGUUGAAAGAUUUCAAGCUUCUAAGCAAGCAAUUAACUGCUCCAAGACUUGUGGAAAUACUUGUCAAAGACCAUCCCUUUCUAUGUGAUGGCAAUAUCAGCAACCUGGAGCAGGAGUUGGUUUUUCUUGAAUUUGUUGAAGCUCUUCUGGAUUGUGCUCUGGUGUAUGUUACCAAUGAUGUGAUUAAGCAGCAAGGAGAUCUUGAUAGUCAGAAAGGAGGUAGCUUUAGAACUGGAAAGCUCUCCGAGGGAACCGCAACUAUGACUCAGUACCCAGAGUAUUUUCUGUCCCAGUCACUGAGACCCUGUGAAGACAGAGGGCUGUCUUUUCAAGAAUUUCAUAUGGUAUCAGAUACUUCACUCUUGCCCCAUGCAGCACAUGCAGAUGUCAAAGAUACUCAGUCAUUGUUCAGCAGGGAUUCAGAAAAAGGACGGCGUUUCUGCCCAGGAAAAGAAUUGACAGGAAAACUAGACAAAAAUGAACAAAAUCAGGAACUCCGUCUACAGCUGUGUCAGGUGCAAGUCUUUUUUAUGAGUAAGUUCUUUCCUGCCUACCAGCAUGAACAAGUGCUGAAGGAAAAAAUAAAAGAAAAUCAAACUCGGGAUGCUGAAAUAGCUGAGCUGAGGAAACUGAAGGAUGAGGAGCUGGCAAAACUUGUUGCUCGAAGAGGAGCAGAAGAGGCAAAAAGACAAGAAGGUACAGCAGAAAAAGCAUCAUCUGAGCUCAAGAGCGCAGCAGUUCAGGAGUCAGAGUCUGUUGCACAGUUAGUAACUCCUCCAAAGGAAGAGGCACCCAUUGUACCACAGCCAGGUGGUACCAAGGUGGCUGCAGGGACAAAGAAAAAGAAAAAGUAAAUCUUCUAAUAAGGACUACUGAAGCUUCAAGUACGUAAGUGCUUUUUGAAGGAAAAAACACUUCCAGUAACAUCUGAAAUGCAAGUGCUAUAAAAGCUAUUUGCAUAAAAUUUUCCAGUUUCUGGCUGAAAGAACUUCAUGGCCAGUGAUCUGCUCUUACACCAAUGGCCUUGAAUAAUGAGCAACACAUGAGUAUUACCCCUUACAUAAAUAAACAAGGCUAUUCCAGAAGUGAGUAUUGACUCUAUUUGCUAAAAAUGCCAUCAGUGUCACAGUGAUACAGCUAUGAGAUGGGAUAUCACUUCUGUAUUUCCCUUGUAAAUAGUUUCUGCUUAAAAU